AUGCAUCGACUUCAGAAUAACGAUCAUAUCGUCAUUGUUGGUGGCGGGUCCAUUGGUCUUUGUACUGCGUACAAUCUUGCCAAGCGGUCUUCUGACUCCUCACCCCAGAUUCGAAUAACGGUCAUCGAGGUUGGCACCGAGCCUUUCAAUGCUGCAUCAUCGUCAUGCACAGGAUGUUUCCAUUAUGGAUUUACAGAGCCACAGCUUCAUUCGCUUUUGCCCCUCGGGAGGUACUCUUUCGACCUCUGGGAAGACGAGGCUAAGAAUGUCAAGUUCAGGGAAGAUACUGGUUAUAGAGCGCAGUCCUCAUUCGGGUUAAACUCAGGGAGCGGCCAAGGGCUUGACAAGCUGCCAGAUUGGGUCCGCAAAGAGAUGUCUUGGGACGUCAAUUCCUCUGUUCUCGGAGACCGAACUGCAACAGUCAAUCCACCUGGUGUCGGAAAAUGGCUGCGAAGUGAAUGCCUUCGAAACGGUGUGGAGAUCCGGACAGACCUCAAGGUCGUUGGUGCAAAACUGUUGAAUGACAAUGAGGUACAGGAGGUGGUUUGCUUGAAAAAUGGCCAACACACAAUUCGCAUUGAAUGCAAGCAAUUACUCCUCGCCUGUGGACCGUGGACCCCAACUGUUUACGAAAUGCUUUUCCCAUCUUCACCCAUUCGUUUGCAGUGGACUACGGAUGCCGGAGACUGGAUCUCUUUUGAGAAUCCAUGCCCUACUACGCGAGACACGACUGCAUUUGUUUCUUUUGCCAACCUCGUUGGCGAGAAACUAGAGUUUGCCGCUCGCAACGACGGAACUAUCUGGGCGUGUGGGCGACGAAACUUUACGGCUACUCUUCCACCACCAAAUCAACACAAUGAACCGGACCUUAAGCUGAUAGAGGAGUUGUCUGAUUACGCCAAAGAUUGGCUGAACUGGAAUUGCGAUUGUGACAAAACGCACGACAUUGAUUUUCAGCUACGUAGCACAGGUCGAGCGUUCAGACCAGCGACCAAAUCUGGACUUCCCAUCAUCUCGGAGGUUUCUCCAUUGGAUUUAGUGGGCGACUUAUGA